UAUCGACGCUGUACGCCUCUCCAGACUCAUAUACAUCUACACAACGCACUUUGCACUCCGGCGUCGUGUGUCGUCGAGAUCCGCUCCUUCCAGCCACUGAAGGCGAUAAAGACAGUCAACUUCCAAGAUGACAUCUUCUCGAGCUUGGAAUGGUGACCCUCGACGAUUCAUCAGCGAUCCUCUUAUCGAUUCGACACUAUUGGAACCGCUCAUCGACGAACCUGUGGUUGUGGCUAGGGGGCAUUCUACUGGUGGUGACAGUUUCUCUGUCAACUUGGAGACAUCUACCGGCGACGUAGCGAUACACAUCAAUCCACGCUUCCGCGAAAGAGUAACUGUUGUGAACACGCUUACCAGAGGUGUCUGGGGAGUCGAGAAGAGGUGUCCCCUCAUAGUCGACAAUGGAGAACACUUCGUUUUCAAGAUCAAGGCGAGUGGAUUUAAGUACGAGGUGUUCAUCAACACGAUGCCACUGACCACCUUCGAGAGUAACGCGCAUUGUAGAAGGGUUACGGCGAUCACUGUCUAUGGAGCCGCAAGGUUGCGCAGAGUGAACCAAUACACGGAGAAUUGUGAACCAACGAAGCAAAUAUACAACUAGCAAAACGC